AUGGCUAGUGUGCCUGUUGCCGCAUCUCGGCACGUUUCUCAUAUCGUCCCUGAAACAGAACCCGUGAUUUUAGUUGACACGUUCAAGAAGGUGCCACGAGGAUCUUUCGUUUUCUUUCUCUCACAUUUUCAUGCUGACCAUUACAGUGGCCUUUCUAGUUCUUGGUCCAGAGGUACCGUGUAUUGCUCCGUUGUGACAGGAGCUGUAAUGUUUCUUUGCAAGACAAAAGGAGGAAAAACGUAUUUGCACACGGGAGAUUUCCGCUACGAUCGACAUAUGGUCGACCACCCUGCACUGGCCAACUGCCACAUUGAUACGCUGUUUCUGGACACUACGUAUGCCAAACCAGAGUACGAAUUUCAGCCGCAGGCGGACACGAUUCAGCAUGCUAUUAACGUUGCGGAGGAGCUUUGCAAACAAAAUGGGCAGCCAGGCCGAGUUUUGUUCCUCGUGGGAUCGUACACUAUAGGAAAGGAGAAGAUCGCUCUCGCCCUUUCCCAGGCAUUUGGGUGGAAAGUGUUUGCGAGCGGAAAACGGCGGCGCAUUCUUGACUGCUUGCAACUGGAACAGCUUCGCGAUGGACGUCUCAGUGACGACCCGGCGGAUUCCUGCAUACACAUUGUUCCAAUGAACACCAUAGGAGUUCCGGAUGCAUCAGUGUUCACCUACUUGAGUACAGCGAGCAUUCAAGCUACACCGAACUAA